CGGGACAGGGAAGGAUCGGAUCAGGGCUCGGAGCUCCGCACCGGUGGCGUCGAUCUGCUGCGCCGUCGGCCCCAGAGACGGAGCCGGAAGAGUCACGGACUGGCCCCCGCGUCCCUCUGUUCUCGAAGGGACUGGCCCCUUCCUCCCGGCCGGUCUUUCUCAGCCCCUCACCCAGCGGCCGGAGCCCCCAGCUCGGGCGGGACGGGCAGCCAGAGCUCCGGACCCGGAAGAGGCGCCAUCUCCCGCCUCCGCCAUGGAGCCCACCGCGCCGUCCCUUACCGAGGAGGACCUGACCGAAGUGAAGAAGGACGCUUUAGAAAAUUUGCGUGUGUACCUGUGUGAAAAAAUCAUAGCUGAGAGACAUUUUGAUCAUUUACGUGCAAAAAAAAUUCUAAGUAGAGAAGACACUGAAGAAAUUUCUUGCCGAACAUCAAGUCGAAAAAGGGCUGGAAAAUUGUUAGACUACUUACAAGAAAACCCCAAAGGACUUGAUACCCUGGUUGAAUCCAUUCGACGAGAGAAAACACAGAACUUCCUGAUACAGAAGAUUACAGAUGAAGUACUGAAACUCAGAAAUAUAAAACUAGAACUUUUGAAAGGACAGAAAUAUAGCAGCUGUGAACCUUUUCCAGAUGGAGCCACAAACCACCUCUCUAGAUCAAAUUCAGAUGAGAGUACUUUCCCUGAAAAGCUGAGAGCGUCCAGUGUUAUAUACCAUCCAGAAGGAGAAUCCAGCACAGCCCCCUUUUUUUCUACUCAUUCUUCUCUGAAUUUGCCUAUUCUAGAAACAGGCAGAACUGAAAAUCCCACCUUCUCUUCAACUACACUUCCUAGACCUGGGGACCCUGGGGCUCCUCCUUUGCCACCAGACCUACAGUUAGAAGAAGAAGGAACUUGUGGAAACUCUAGCGAGAUCUUUCUGCCCUUAAGAUCACGACGUCCUCUUUUGCCACAAUGACAGUUUGUUGCCUUUUAGGUAUUUUUUAUAAUGACAAAAAACAUUUGAAAAGGUAUAAAUCUUUUUAUAAAAUUGCUAUAAUGAUUUAUUAACAUUUCGUACAUGUCUUAAAAUACAGUGUAAGCACAUUUUGUAAAUAGAAUUUUUUAGAAUAAAAGAAGCAUAGUUUUAGGUAGCUAAAAUCAUGUGCUUUUCAGUAUUUCUAUUUUGUUUUUCAUUUUUGAUGUAUUUCAGUGUUUUCAAAUUUUUAUGUUCUAAGACUAAUUUUAAUGGGGACCACAUCUCUAUUUGAGAAUAAGACUCUUGGGCUGGGAAUAAUGUUUAUUCUCAGUGUGUUUGUGCUAGAUGUUUCCACAGAUUUAUAGUCAUUUCCCAUCAUUUGGCAGUAAAUUUUCAGAACUAAGCUGUUUAUUUAGUAGUAAAACCAGUCACUGGUAGGGAAGUGGUCAAUGUACUGAGAAGAGUUUCUUUCCCACUCAGUUGGGCUUUCAGGUAUUUAACAGAGUCCCCUUCCAGUGCGGAGAGUAUCCAAUGGAGCUUAAGCCACCCAAGAUCUCAACUUAUUAACCCUGCUAAUUAAUACUACCUUCUAAAAUUUUCAGUGUUAUAUCACUUUCAUUCCUAAAGUAAACUCUUGGCAGAAACCUCAGUUAUUACAUGUAAUUUGAUGAGAUUUUUAAAAAUACAUCUCUGUAUUUUUUAUUAUCUUUUAAUAAUAAGGACCACAGCACAGUUGAAAUAACUGGGGGAAAAGUUUGUGUGUGUAUGUAUGAUAAUUCUGUUUUCAAUAAUAUUUGGGCUAAGUGGGCCAUUAGCUAGAUUUGUCUUUUUGAUACAUAACAAAAUUUGACUAAUUUUCCUCAUUUAUAAAUUUAUGUUCUCAUUGUUUUUAUUUAAAUUAUUCUACCCAUUUUAUAGCAUCUAUGUCACAUGUAUUCCCAUUACUUACGAAAAGCAGAGAUGGAAAUGUGCUAUUAGUAAUAGAAGUUUUUAAAUCUUAGGGCUGUUUUGGAAGCUUCAACUACCAACAGUAAAUAAAUAUCUGAAAUACUUGGUAUUUAUGUACCAAUUUUUAUAGAAAAUAUUACUUCAAGUUGUGAUAUUAAGAUUUCUGAAUAGCCUGAUGAAUUUAUCAAUCACGAAGAAAGUUGGUAUAUUGUUUUUAAAAUUUUUUUUAAAGAUUGGAUAACUUAUAGUACAUUUUUUAAGCAUUAUGGAGAAACAUGUUUUCCCUCUAGCAUACCAUAAGAAUGGCAUUGCAUUAAAGAAAUCACUUUAAAAACAGAAACAGACUUUAUAUUUCAUUCAGUAUACAUUUAAUUGAUGUGUGGUUACUUAAAAAAAACUAAACAGGAAUUACUCAGAAUCGAAGCUCAUAAUUUAAAUAUACAAUAGCACCUUUUUUUGUAGUUUAUUACAGAGAUUUCUUUCAGAUUGUUGGCUAACUACAUAGAUAAUGAAAUUAAGAUUUUAACAAACUUGGCCUUUCAAGUUUUCUGAAUCCUAUAAGUCAGUUUUUUUCCUUCACACACUGAAAACAGGCAUUGUCAAAAAUGUAUGAAUUGUAAUAACAGAAUGAGUGACACAGUGCAACUAGUUACUAGGUUGAUUAAUUGGCAGUUGAAACGUUACUCUUCACUGAUAAGCAGCUUUUUAUUUUAAUUAAGUCCAGAUUAUCAAUCUUUUUUUUUGUGGUUAGUGAUUUUUGUCGCCUGUUUAGAAAUCUUUGCCUAGCCCAAUGUCAUGAUGACAGUAUACUGUGUUUUCUUCUGGAAACUUAUUUUAAUUUCACAGCUCUGUAAUCCAUUACAAAGUAAUUUUUGUGUGUGGUAUAAAGUCGAAAUCAAUUCUUAGCACUCCUAUCUUUACCUAAGUAAUAGAAAAGGGAACAGGAAAUUUCAGACUGUAGUCUGAUCUUUUAUAACUAAAUAAAUAUGUUCACUAUUUAGUUGGGGGCGGGUGGAGAAAAUCAAGCCAUGAAGCAAAUCAAUCUGUAAUUUUUAAGGGGGGACCUUCUGAAAGAAAAAUGAAUUUAAGCACAGACAAUACUUAAUAACUUAAGUGCAACUCCUAAAAUACUCUGAUUUUGCCAUGCUAUUAAAUUAUCAGACAAAUUGUCCUUUAUUUCAGUGGUUCCCAACUGCUGUUCCUUUUAGAAUCACUUGGAGAGCUUUUAAAGAUCCCAAUGCCCAGGUUGCACCCACAGCAAUUAAAUCAGAAUGUUUGGGUGUGGAAACCAGACAUCAAAGUUUAUUAAGAUUUCCAAGUAAUUCCAGUGUGCAACAAUACCUGGAAGCCACUGCCUUAUUGGAUGCCAAAUACUGUGCUUGGUUUCCACAUGUGUGGUCUUGCUUUUAAUCCUAAUAACCCUGCAAGGUAGGUUUUUUUGCCACUUGUUUUUAUAGAUGAGUAAUAAAUUCAAGAUAAAUGGCACAAAAUCAUACAGCUUUUUAGAAUUGAAAUCUGGUGGUGUCUGACUCAAAAAUCAAUGUUCUUUCCACAAUUUCAAGCUCACUUAUUGGCAUUUCAUAAGUGGCAUAAAGUUGGUGGUAAUUAUGGGUUCCCCCCCCACUCUUAAGUUCAAUAAUUAUUGAUUAUACUUAUUCUAGAUGUUGGAGAUACAAUAACAAAUAAGACAGUAUAUUUUCUAGAACACAUUCUAGAUGGAGGAGAAAAUUAGAAAAUAAAUCCAGAUAAUUCAAGAUUCUGUGAGUACAAUAUAAGGCAUGGGUGAGCUAAAAAGUAACUUGAGAAAAGAGUCUUGAUAGCACUCUCAGGGGAGUCUUCAGAGCAGGUAACAUGUGAACUAUAACCUAAAUCAUAAGAGCACUAGUGUAGAAUAUCUUGUGCCGGAAAGGAAGUGCUCAAAGAAUGAUGGGAGGAUGUUCAGACUGCACAGAAACCAGUUUGAAGGCUUUUGCAGACCACAGCUGGGAUAAUUUCAACAUCAAAAUAAUAAUAAUGCCACUCCACCACGCCGAACUGUGCCCUGCUGGCUCCACACGACCUGCCGUGACCAUCACAGCCACCCUUCAGCAGCAGGAAUAUGGCAUUUGAUGAGCAGCAAUGACUUUGCUGACUACAUGAAAGAACUAGGUGUUGGAAUGGCUCUGUGAGAAAUGGAUGCAAUGACCAAAUCAGAUUGUGUCAUCCGUGUUUCUGGCAAACACCUCACGGUAAAAACCGAGAGCACUUUGAAACAGUUUUCAUGUAAUUUGGGAGAGAAGUUUGAAGAAAUUACAGCAGAGUUUUGGGCAGAGAAAAAAAAAUUGCAACUUUACAAAUGGUUCUUUUGUCCAACAUCAAGAAUGGGAUGAGAAGGAAAGCAGAAGAAGAAGAAAAUGGGAAGAUGAGGAAUUAGUGGUAAAAUGUACCAUGAACAAUGUCACCUGUAUUUGGGGCUCUGAAGAAAUAGAAUAAAAGUUCCAUAUCAUUUUGGACAGGAAUUAGCUUCAAGGAUGAACAAGCUCAAUUGAAGGAACAAAUCUCCACACUGCGUUUUAUUAUUACUGUUAUCAUCAUUACUGAAAUCAAUUAUCUUUAUCACAAAUAUUUUACAUGCAACUAUGUCAAAGUGUUGGUUUCAUUAAGCUCAAUCCUUUGGUUAGUAAAUAAAUGAAAAUGAAAUAAUAAAAUGAAAGUACAAAUGAAAGUAAUA